AUGAAGACCUCUAUUUUUCAUUCAAUCAUCUUCGUUUCCAUGUUCCAGGGGGCACUGCUCUCCCCCGUGGAAACGACUGACGCCAUUUCUACUCUUCCGCCAAGAGAGCUCUCCGUUACUUCAGGAGAAAAACUCGAAAGCCGAGAGUGGAUUGUGGACUGCAACCAACUCAUUGACCAAGUUAUUAAAUUGACGGACCAAUAUCCCGAUUACAAAUCGAAGGUCGUUGCUGUGAGCAAAACGGGCACAUGGGGUUUAUUUGCCUUCUCCGUAUGCAAAGCAUUCAGGGUUGGCGCCGUAGACUGUACAUACGGCGGUAUGUCUGUGACAGUCGGCCUUCUUGCGGCUUUCCAGCAUGGUUUUUUUGACGCUCAAAAUGUUGGAGCCGUGCCUGCUGAGCCUGCUGGUCCACCCGUCGAACAGGACCCCGGACGGCCAUCGAAAAAUCGUCGAAGCUUAGACGCGCAGAUCAAUUCACUUACUACGCGUAUGGCAGAAGACUUGCAUGACAGUGGGUUCAAUUUCGAAUCCAUUGAAAAUGUACCCAACUUGUCAGGACGUGACGAAAAUGGUCUGAUGCAUCGCUCGGUCGAGAUCCGUGGUGUGCAUGAGCCUGAUCAAGACGAGAAAUUCGACUAUGUCAUCAAUUCACGAAGUGAUGGCACCGGUGAUAUCAAAAUCAUACCCAAUUCAACCUCAUCGAGGCUGGGCCGUCGAACCUCCGAUACCCCUUUUUUCAAAGUCACGUACAUGGUUGAAAAUCGGAAAGGCACUCUAGUUCCGGCUGGCUACAAGCAGCACGUAAAUGCUAUCGUCGCUGACUGGGAACAGCGCGUAGACCGAGACCAUGGGAUAAUUGACUAUGUCGGUCAAUUUACAUCGAACAUGGGAACGCUUUCGUACCGUAUUGCCCCUCAUGACAAGGGAUACGAUGAGCGCACCUACGAGGAUGUCGCGCAUUGUCAGGGGGUCUAA